AUGAAGGUGAACACAGCACAGUUCAUGGCGCUCUAUGCCUGGUAUUCCUGGCCCAACGUGGUUCUUUGCUUCUUUGGAGGUUUUCUGAUAGACAGAGUAUUUGGAAUACGGUUGGGCACCAUAAUAUUUAGUAUCUUUGUUUGUGUGGGACAGGUGAUUUUUGCUUUGGGAGCACUACUUAAUACUUUCUGGCUGAUGGAUGUGGGCAGAUUCAUAUUUGGAAUAGGUGGAGAGUCCUUAGCAGUGGCACAAAACACGUAUGCAGUCAGUUGGUUUAAAGGGAAGGAGUUAAAUCUUGUGUUUGGAUUGCAACUAAGCAUGGCCAGAAUUGGGAGUACAGUGAACAUGAAUAUCAUGGGAUGGAUAUACUCGGGAGUUCGAGAUCUUCUGGGGUAUACUGGUCCCAGUACUCUUGGGUUAAGUCUCAUGAUAGGUGGUGUAACUUGUCUCUUCUCACUGGCCUGUGCAUUAAUCCUGGCUUAUCUGGACAAGAGAGCAGAGAAGCUCCUUUGUAAAGAACAAGGGAAAACAGGUGAAGUGAUUAAGCUAACUGAUGUGAAGGACUUCUCCCUGUCCUUGUGGCUUAUAUUUGUAAUCUGUGUCUGUUACUAUGCAGCAGUUUUUCCUUUCAUUGGACUUGGAAAGGUUUUCUUUAUUGAGAAAUUCAAUUUCUCAUCUCAAGAAGCAAGUGCAAUUAACAGUAUUGUGUAUAUCAUAUCAGCACCCAUGUCCCCGGUCUUUGGACUCCUGGUGGAUAAACUUGGGAAGAAUAUCGUCUGGGUUUUAUGUGCUGUAAUAACUACACUUGCUUCUCAUAUUAUGUUGGCUUUUACCUUCUGGAACCCCUGGAUAGCAAUGUGUUUGCUAGGAGUGGCCUACUCAUUGCUGGCCUGUGCCCUGUGGCCCAUGGUGGCCUUUGUUGUUCCAGAACACCAGCUGGGAACUGCUUAUGGCUUUAUGCAGUCUAUCCAGAAUCUUGGUCUGGCAGUUAUUGCUAUAGCAGCUGGGAUGAUUCUGGACACAAGAGGAUACUUGUUUCUUGAAGUCUUCUUCAGUGCUUGUGUUUGCUUGUCACUGGUAGCUGUAGUCAUGCUGUAUUUUGUGAAUCACCUCACAGGUGGUGAUCUCAACUGGUCUGCAAAGAAAAGGGAAAAACUGCAGAAAGUAGCUGCAGCUGAAGCAGAAGAACAAGAGAGACUCAGACGUCAAAAUGAAGAUGACUUGGCUAAAUUACGGCCAAAAGCUGAUGACUUUAGUUUAAGGAAUAAAUACCUCUCCAAACUAGGCGCUCAGCUACCAGAUAAUUACUCUACCUAUUUAUCGACAAUGGUACACAGAAGUGUGUUGAAAUAGCAUCUUGCCCCACUUGCAAAAGCAGAAAUAUACUGAAGUUCCUGGUACACAAAACUGUUUCCAGUACUGACAACUACCACAGCAAAAGCAGAGUGAUGCACCAUACAUUUCUGCAAGCAUAGAUCCUACUUCUAAAAUACUUGGCUUAAGGUCCCUGUCUGCACUGCGGGUAAAUAACUCAGAUACCAGUGAAGACCAUCUGGCUGCUUGUUUGAACCCA